AUGUCUUCUGGUAAACAAAUCACUCGAGUGACGCUCUUCAAGAUUCCCGACCCGGCGAAUCAGGAGAAACUUGCAAACAUUUACAAGGAAAUGCCUACCAAGGCUAAGAAGGACGGCAAACCAUACAUAGUCUCGGUAAAGGCAGGUCCAACUAUCGAAGACCAACGCAACCAAGGAUACACUUUGGCGGCUGUUUCUACUUUCGCAUCACUUGAAGACAUGAAAUAUUACGAUACUGGAUGCGAGGCCCAUGAUGCACUAAAGGUGGAGGCUAAGAAGAUGCAUCAGGGAAUAUUGGUGGUGUUCUAUGAGAGUAGCGCUUAG